GUGGAAAAGCAUCAGCCAAAUGUAUGCUAAGGAGAGAAAUGGAGUGAGCACAAAGAGAUGAUACAGCAGGAAGCAGGAAUGGAAAAGCUGCACUGCAAAGCAAUGCAACACCUUUCACACAGCACAGAGGGCUCAGCUCUGUGUCCCUGCAAGGAGAAGAGGGAACAGCCUGGUUCCACUGGAAACAAGCCAUGCCCUGGUCUUGCUUCACUGGCUUUGACCCACACAACUCACCUCCCUCUUCCCUGGCUCAGCCCGUAGGAAUGUUUCUCACUGCUGACCUUGACUGCCUUGCUUCUGCCAUCAGCUCCUGACAAGAGAGCAGCCUCACUGCAAGAUGCUGCAGCUUAGGUGCUUCAGAACCUUGCAUUUCUUCCUUGUUUCACCUCAGAUUCCUCAAAACAAGGAAAGAGGUUUGGGAGACAGACAUUCCUUAGUGAUUUAUGGGGAGACGUGGAGUUUUGUGCUUUGAAUAAUCGAGUGACAAACUAAACAAGGAAACUGCUGUCCACUGAAGCAAUGGGGACUGCUGCUGACCUUCAGCUUUGAUGGGAGUAACAAUCAACUGGUGCCUAACUGAGACCAGCAUCCUCGGGUGCCUGGGGCAGGGAUUUUGAGUCCCAAAGAGCUUCCUGUGUGGGGCAGCCUUCCAAAUACUUUAUCAUUAUGGCAUGUGAAGCAUUUCUUUAACUUUGCAUCCUGGAAUUCUUCUGAAAAGACACGCCUCAUCUGAGAAAACCAAGAGUUUCCAGCAGAUCCCUCCAGAAUCCUCAGUGGAAAAAAAUUAUCCUGGAGACAUCAUCAUGCCUUUUCUGCUGUGCUUGAAAAAGAAGAAGUCACCUGUGCCUUUAGGCAGGAGUAUCUUUCAAAAACACACCCCUCCCAUCCAGCAGAACUACCAGGCUUUGCUGGAGUCGUGCUUGAAGAACAAAUGCUUGUUCACAGAUGACACCUUCCCUGCUCACAUCAGCUCCAUUGGAACAGGAGCCCUGCUGAAGAAACUGCCCCGAAAUUUACACUGGAAGAGGCCACAUGCCUUGCACAAAAGUCCCGUAUUUUAUGCUGCACACAGAAAGCAGCCUGAUCUCUGCCAAGGAUUGGUGGAGAACUGCUGGUUCCUGGCGGCCCUGGAAGCCCUGACGUUCCACCAGGACAUCUUGGCUGCAGUCGUGCCACAGAACCAGAGCUUUGAGAGGAAAUACGCGGGCAUUUUCCACUUCCGGUUCUGGCACUUCGGGGAAUGGAUUGACGUGGUGGUUGAUGAUCUCCUGCCGGUGAACGAGGCUGGGGAGCUGCUGUUUGUUUCCUCAGUCUAUAAGAAUGUGUUUUGGGGAGCCCUUCUGGAGAAGGCAUAUGCUAAACUCUAUGGCUCCUAUGAAGAUCUGCAGAUUGGGCAGGUUUCAGAAGCCCUGGUGGAUUUCACAGGGGGUGUCAAUACAAGGAUCAAGCUUGCAGAAGCUCCUCCUGAUCUGUGGGAUAUACUGACAAGAGCCACCUACAGCAGAUCUCUCAUGGGCUGUCAGACACACUUAGGGGCAACAAAGGUCCUGAAGAAUGGACUUGUUGCUGGCCAUGCCUACACAGUAACUGGUAUCAGAAAGGUGACCUGUCAAUAUGGACCAGAAAACCUAGUGAGACUGAGAAAUCCAUGGGGAAAAAUUGAGUGGAAAGGAGACUGGAGUGACAGCUCUUACAAGUGGGAGCUGCUGAGCCCGAAGGAGAAGAUUUUACUGAGGAAAAAGAAGGAUGAUGGAGAGUUCUGGAUGUCUCUGCGAGAUUUUAAGAUCCAUUUUGUAGAUCUGGUGAUCUGUAAAUUAACUCCAGACCUGAUGAGCCAGGAAGAUGGCAAAAAGUGGAUGUACUCCUUGAAGAGUGGGAGAUGGGUUAGAGGAAGUACAGCAGGAGGAAGUCUGGGAUUCUAUAACGGCAACUUUUGGAUGAACCCUCAGUACUGGCUGAAUGUGCUGCCAGCUGAAGACAGCAAGAAAAGCCCAAGUACGUGCAGUGUGGUUAUAUCCCUCAUGCAGAAACACAGCACCAAACACCGGAACCGAGCCCCUCACCUUUUCAUUGGAUUCUUACUCUAUAAGGUGAAAAGGCAGUACCAGGAGAGCAACAGAAAGCUGCCCCCAGGUUUCUUCACCCGACAUCAGCCUGUGAACAAGCACCAGGUUUUCCUUGAUGAGCGGGAAGUGACUCAAGAUUUCCAUCUGGAGCCUUGUGUCUAUGUCAUUGUCCCCUCCACCCUGGAGCCUCAGCAGGAGUCUGAGUUCAUCCUGCGGGUCUUCUCCAGGAAGCACGUCCUUCGGGAAAUGGGUGGGAACACGAGCUUCACCCUCUCUAAGGAAAUUGUUGAUAGGUAUGAAGGCAAGAUUUGGGAGGAUUUCUUCACAAAACAUUUUGAACAGAAUCCUGAAAUAAAUGCUGUUCAGCUCCAGAGGAUCUUGAAUAAUAUAUCUUGGAGAAAUUUCCAGAGUUUUCGCCUGAAUUUCAGUCUGGAUUCCUGCCAGGGUAUCUUGGCACUCCUGGAUCUGAAUGCCACUGGCACACUGAGUAUCCAGGAAUUCAGAGUCCUGUGGAAGAGGCUGCUUUUCUAUUUGGAAGUUUUCCAGAAGAGAGACACCAAGAGAUCAGGGAAGCUUGACCUUGUGGAACUGCAUGCAGCUGUACAGGAGACAGGCAUUUCACUCAGCAAUGAAGUCUGUAAUUUGAUGGCAAUCAGAUAUGGUGACCCUGACUUACAGAUCAGUUUUGAGAGCUUUGUUUGCUUCAUGCUUCGAGUGGAGAUCAUGGGAGAGGCCUUUCGCAACUUAACCCAAGAUGGCAAAGGGAUUUACCUCCGGGAAUCUGAGUUGCUCUUCCCCUUGUUCCCACACCUGCUUGAAUUGGCAUCACUGGGCACCUGGAAAUGCUGUGAGUAAAGGCUGCAUCAAGUCCAGAAAAAACUGCUCCAGCAAAUGGAAACAAGGACUGGGGAUCAUGGGAAUGAAACACAAGUACAAGUGGGUGCCCAUUUGAUUGCAGUUUCUGGGAAUGGAAAAUACCUUGAGGUAAGCAAGAAUUCCCACAGCCUUCCCUCAAUUUCACUACAGAGAAGUGUUUGCAGUUGUUCCAGUGGUGAGGGAGCUCAGUUCUGCCUCAUCCAUCAGUGCCACAGACACUAGUCUGGAGGUGGGAGUCUGACUUGUAGGGGCUGCAGGCAAAUGUCUGGGUGUGUGCUCUUGCCCAUCGACUUGGGAAGCAGCUUCUGUUGCUGCAGCUGACUUGAUGAGAGUUUCAAUUAACAAAUGCUAUUAAAGCAUCUCUCCUCUUUAUUUUAUUUUUUUUAAUGCAUGGCAUUUCCUGACAGCUUAAACGUUUAAUUAACUGGAGAUGCCAUCGUGGAAAGUUUGCUGGAGAAGAAUGCUUGCGGUUUAAUUAAAAGGAAAAAAAAUCCUUCAGAGGUACUGGAAGAGAUCUGCUUGCAACACUGAUAGUGGCAAAAAGCCUACAGGAACUCCUGCACUUCCCUUUCUGAGUCCAGCAGUAGGUGAGGAGGUGCACAGCAACAUCAUCACCCUAGAGGAGAAGCACACAGGCACACCGUCAGGAGGAAAAUCCUUCCUUGAGAAGGACGCAUUGCCAGAGCUCCUGGGGGCUCCUGUCUCCACAGGGACAGCUGCACAGAGCUGGGAUUUGCAGUGUCCCCCCUGGCUGGAAUGGUGG